ACGUGAUUCAUCAAGGGUUGAACCCAUAGAUGAUGCUGAAAAUACAACUCAGUGCAUGAAUGAUUUCGUCAAUGUCCCAGGCAAGAGAUCAAGAGUUUGUGAAAUAUCAAAUUCCUCACAACCACCUACUGCUAGAGACAAUAAAUUUGGCACUCUGAAGCGAGCAAAAUCUUUUAAACCAUCGAGCGCGACUUCUAGGACCCCCCUGUCUAAUGUCACAAAUGCUUCUACAGCUGCUUGCUCAGUUUCAUACGUGCUAUCUGGACGUUUUGGUUGCAACAAUUUCUUAAAUGAUUUUUGCUGUGACAAUGAAGAUGUCAAUGCUUCGCACUACAAUGUCUCAAUGGAUAUUGCUCAUUCUGGUACACAUUGUGAUGCUCCUGAGAUUAUGCCGAAUGAUGUAAUUGCUUCUCAGGAUAAGGCUGAUGUACACAUUGUGAUGCUCCUGAGGCUAUGCCGGAUGAUGUAAAUGCUUCUCAUGACAACUCUGAUAGUACACAUAGUGAAACCAAUGCGACCGUGCCGAAUGAUGUAAAUGCUUCUCAGAAUGACUCUGAUGGUACACAUUGUGAUAAUCCUAAGACUGUGCCAAAUAAUAUAAAUGCUUCUGAUGAUAACUCUGAUGGUA